ACUAAGCUAGAAAAAAUAAAUAUGAAGGUGAACUAAAUGAUAAAACAUGAGAUAAAUUGAUCUGAAACACACCUCCUUCACGAGGAACACAAUAAAUGAUGACCUCUGUUGUCAUGGCAACACUGACUCCUCCUCCAUCACCACUGUGCCUUUUACAGGCCUGAGCUGGACUCAAACCAGAUCAGGUCUGAGCUGGACCAUGUGGACUGGAGGACUGGAUCAGCUGAUUGGCUGUUAAAAUCUAACAAUACAAUAUUUUAUUUUGAAAGGACAGGCCAGUAAAAGAAAUGUUAUUUCUUGGUGACGUCACUCUGUUGGGUGUGUCCUGGUGWGAGGGGGCGGGGUUUAGCGGUUUCAGUCGGAGGGUGGGUCAGUGGGUCCAGAGGAUUUGGGUUGAGCUGAUGGUGGGUCAGGAUCUGGUCUAGUUUCUCACCGGUGGUUCUGGUCCGGGUUGGGUCCAACCCGAACAAAGACCUGAAGGACUUGGAUUCAUCUGGACCCGGACUGAGCUGCAGAACCGUUACCAGCAGGCUGGGAGUGGGUUUUGGAUCGGAACMGGAUUUGUGUUCAGGUGAGGGUCUGCAAGAGUUCUGGUCUCACCACGAUGCUCCAGAACUCCACCGAGUCCGGAUCUAGGUAACCCUGCAGAGAGACACAUGCAGCAGUCCGAACCCUCCAGGCGGGACCGAGCUCCGGACCGGCAGGAUCCAGAGCGACAGGGCUCGGUUCGGGACCGGCUGGAUCUGAUCGGCUUGGUGCUGAGAGAACUGGACUUCCUCCGGCAGAGACAGGAGCUGCUGGUCCGGACCGCCCUGCAGGAGGAGGAGGUCCAGGAGGCUCAGCUGGACUCUGAGGAGAACAUCCUGGUUCUGAACCGUGUGAGGAGAAGAGAUGCUGCUCUGAUCACUCAGCUCCACCAGCUGGACCAACAGAUCCAGGAUCUUCGACUGGACCCGGACCCGUCACAGGACCAGCUGGAUCCUGACAGCAGACCGAGCUCAGAGAAACCCGACGGGUCUUUGGACCGGGACGUUCUGGUUGGAGGACUCGGCAGAGACACGUCUUCUUCGCCUCGCCUGGACCCCACGUCCCUUCUGGUCCCCAAAGAGUUCCAGUCCGAACCGCUGUCUGGACWGUUGGUCCAAAGCGUUGGUGAGACGUGUCGUCACCCUGUCCCSCCACAGUCUGCGGCUGUCCAGGACCAGGACUCUCCACAGACCAGAGACAGAGCCGGUACUGAACCAGAACUGGCACCUCAGAGCUCCAGUAAGCACCUGGACCGGUACAUCUACAGUCUGCUGCAGAGACGGGCCCAACCCAUCAGGACUGGCAGACCCAGGACCAGUUUUUGCACAGACCUGUCAAAACCCGUCCUGAGACAGGCCAGUCUGUACGGAAGGCAAGGAUCUGGUCCUGAUUCUGGUUCAGGAAGUCCAAAGUCUUCCUUUCAUCCUGGAGGGACCUCAGCAGGUGGUCCAGUCUGGUCCUGUCAAAGACAAAGUGAGGAGCAGAAUGUUAGUCCUGGUCUCAGGGUCCACAGUGAGUCCAGCCCUGCUGGUGGUCCUGUCUCCAUCAGGGACAAUAAGUGGGGCAAAGGUCCRUCCUCCCAGUCGGCUGCAGCUCUUCUCAGACACUUCAGGGACCAGGGAAGUCCUUCGGCUAACUCCGCCCACAAAAACCCACAUCAGCCUCAUUGUCCCACAGACCAGGAUCUGGACCCUAAACCUCUACUGGGGGACGAUUUAGGGUCUAGUUGUGAGAGCCCAGGGAGAACACAGACCAGUUCUUCCAGGAACGUGUCCCAGCUUCUCCACAGUGUCCCAGCAAAGAACCCAGAAAGGCCAGUCCCACAGAUCUCCGGUCUGGGGACAGGUGAUGGACGAGACGGACCUGGGACUCAGGAGGGUCUCACCUGGUACCUCACUGCCAAGCAGCAGAACCUCAAAUACCGCAGAGGGAGCAGCAAGACGUCCAAGACGGUGCUGAGGACUCUGGUGGUCCCUGAAGCCAAUGAGCUGCCUUUAGACAAAGCAGGACAUAAGUCUGUCCACAGGUCCGGCUCCAAGACUGUCCUGGACCAUKGCUCUGCCCACAUGAAGACACCUCACAGAGGUAAAGUCUUAAGAAAGAAGACCGUCUCUGCUUCAUUCUCAGAAAGACGAGUUCUCGACAAACACACCAAGUCCAGCAGUCUUCAGUCCCGUGGGUCCAGACCCCACCGACAUGUCCCCCGUCCCUGCAGCCAUCAUCACCAUGUGUCCAACCGUGAAGACCACCGGCGCUCACACGUCCUCUCAGAGGUCCCAUCAGACAGGGGGACGAAGCGUUUCCCGCAGCGCCAGAGACACCCGCACCCCGCCUCCGGAGGACCCAAGACCCGCCCGUACUCGUGUGGGACAGGAAGUGACUCGGAGUACUCGGCGGAGUGUCCGUCCCUCUUCCACUCCACCAUUGUGGACACCAGUGAGGACGACAGGUCCAACUACACCACCAACCGCUUYGGAGACAGCGAGUCCAGCGAGGAUGAGUCUGUGGAUGAAGACCUGGAGGACACUGUGGGAGGUGGUCCCGUGGUCCAAGGGAAGGGGGCGCGGCCGCCGGGACCGAAGCAGGGUCCGGGUCUAACCAAGACUCUGGUGAAGAUCAAAGCCUCUCACAACCUGAAGAAGAAGAUCCUCAGGUCCAGAUCCAGGUCCCUGAAACUCAUGACCACUGUGUGACCAGAACCAGACCAGAACCAGAACCAGACCUGCUGGCUGCCUUACAUUCACACUUGUGCUGUGCCUGAAACAAACCCAGAGGACCAGAAGAUCAGAAGCAGUACCUGGAACCAGGGGUGGAGCCAGGGGCGGAGCCGUGGUCACCACAGACAAAUCGUUGGCCCCCUGCUGUACACACCUGCCUUCCACAGUGACAUCUUUAGUGGUGUAAUAAUCCUCCUGAACAGUUGGUGGCAGUGUUUAACAGUUUGAAACAUCACUAAGCUCUGUCACUGAAGAAGAAUAAAGACAGGAAGUGAUAUUUUCUUUAUAUACAGAACAUAUUCCUGUAAUCUGAUUUAUGGUGUCAACUUUUGGACUUAU